AUGGACUACCUCAUGGCCCGGUUCUCCGGAUCAAAGGCCUGGUCCUCUUUUGAAGCUGACCUGGGCCAAACGAAGGACUUUGAGCCAGCCGAGAAGCACUUUUCCCCCUUGGCGGCACAAGCGGACUCCCCCAAGGUGUUUCAGCUUCUGAACUUCUGGCUGGAUGAAUGCCAGAAAAGGCACCGCGAUAAAUGCGCGUACGUGGGAGAACUUGUUUUGGAGCACGAAUUUGCUUCGCCUACAAGACUGCUGCGCGUCGGCGAGGAAGGCGAGAACAUUGUCCUGGUGCUCUCGGCCGGUCUGAAGCGAGAUGAAGGCGGCUUCGGGCCCUCUUACACCGCGUUGAGCCACUGCUGGGGAGAUCCCAAAAGCGUGCCACAAACGACAAAGGCGAAUCUGGAGCAGAUGAUGCGUGUUGGUCUUCGCUACGAUGAGUUAUCUCCCACGUUCCAGCAUGCCGUCAAGAUCGCUAGAGAGCUUAAUAUUGGGUGGCUCUGGAUCGAUUCUUUGUGUAUAGUUCAAGACGACAAGGCCGACAAGGACCGCGAGCUGCCACUGAUGGAAAUUAUCUACUCCAUGGCUAUCUGCACUCUCGUCGCAUCGGACUCGAAAGAUGGGAGUGGCGGUUGCUUCCUCCCUCGAGGAUCCAACCCAAAUAUGCACGUACGACCCUGUACAAAGACUUUUAACGAAGUGAAGACCAAGGUCUCAGUCACCUUCCAGCCCUACAUGGCAGACUGGGCCCAGUCGGUGACCAAUGGGCCCCUGUUCUCCCGUGGCUGGUGCUUCCAGGAGAGGCAGCUGUCGAAAAGAAUUAUCUACUUCACCAAGAGUCAAGUACUCUGGGAAUGCCGAGCGUCCAUCGCAUCCGAGGCAUACCCUGAGAUCAGCAGCUGGUUUACUCGAUCAGAACCCCGAUUCAUGGCUCCGCCCUUCCGCCCGUGGUUAGAUGACUGGCUGCGCGUCGUUGAGGCUUAUUCUGGCAAAUCUCUCAGCAAACCGGAAGAUCGACUUCCCGCGAUUGCCGGUGUAGCAGCGCACUUUCAGCAAAACAUACGCCGGCCCGACCGUUCUCUCAGCAGCUACGUAGCUGGAAUGUGGUUUUGUGAUCUUGCGAGAGGGCUUUCAUGGAAGCCGUCCUUCGACCUUGGUACACAUAGACCAGCGAAAGACAAAGGCUGGCCCCCGCCCCUCAGGAAUUCCACGACAUUCAAUGCUAUACCGGAAACACAACCCGAGCCCCUAUCCGUGUGGCUUCCGUCCUGGUCAUGGAUAUCAGUUGAUGGUCGUGUGCGGUACCCUUACGCCAAAAAUUCCUCCGAAAAGCCGACUGUGAUCGGAAUGGGCGGUAUGGAAUAUCUCAAUCCGAAUUCUAAGAAUUUCGACAACGUGUCGGUUCCUGACACCCCUGUCGAACCAUUCUUCGGCCGCAUCUCUCUUAAGACUGACUUCGAGUUUGGGGAGCUCGAAGGGGGGAUUAUUGGCCUCACAAACUACACUGUUGAGACUACGAUAUCCGAAAAACAUCUCAUCAAAGAUUCGAUUACUGUGACUGGAAUUCCCAAGUGCUAUUCAAUGUUCAAGCAAAGCACCAAUCCGUUCAAAAUCAACAGGCGGUCAGAGCCAUCGGCCGGCGGCGUCAUCAUCAUGGAUACGAGCCCAACUCAGCUUCCAAAGACAAAAUUAUAUUGCCUGAGACUCGGCAACUCCAAGAGUCUGUUCAACAACGAAAACUUGGUCGAGAUUGGUCUAGUUUUAUUGGAGACGUCUUACAGGUCCAUGGCUGGACUUAGCUCACGAUGGCAUUCGAGGUCUGGUCCGGUGGUACAAAGAGUUGGCUUUUUCGAGAUUGGCAUGUGGGACAAGCAAUGGGUCGAGAAAGCUCGACAAAGAACCUUCUAUAUCAUAUAG